UACCUAUAUAUGCAAAGGAUACUAUACAAUAAUAGUUGGGUAAAUAUUUUUUAGAUAGUGUUAAAAUAUGUAUAUAGAUUUUGAACUUUGUAGUAAAAUUAAUAACAAUCAAUUUAUUAUCAGUUCAUAAAUGAUACUUAUUUAAAAUAAAUAUAUUUCAUUUGUUUAAAUUUUGUAUCAAAGUAUUGUGGUUUCUUAGGACUUGGUAUGUUGUUGUUUUUACUAAGAAAAAUGAGGUCCAACAUGUUCCAAACACAUGGUUAGUAAAUAAGACGAAUUGUUGGUUCCCAUACCUCCAAAAAGAUCAAAAAGAAGUAUAUUUCUCUAUGUCACAAGUUGUUAAUAUGAUAUCAAAACAUACGGCCCCCAAUUCCAAAGAUGGUGCAAAUUAUAAAGUGAAAUCAGUUGCAGGACCGUUUGAAAAAGAAAGUCAAGCAAAAAAAUUAUCCAAAGCUUGGUCAGAACCAGAUACGUCAGAUGAUGGUAGUUAUAUAUCUCCAAUAAGAUCAUCUCCUAAAAAAAGGAAAAUAAUACCAAAAUGUAAUCGCCAACUUGAAAAGGAAUUUCUGGAACCACCUAAACCACCUACCACACCUAUAUCAACUAGAUCUAGUACACAUUUUGGUUCUGUUUUGUCAGAGACAAAUGAUGUUCUACAAGGCAUGAACUCCAGCUCAAUCGAUGAAUAUAAAGAAAAUAAUAUGAAUAGUAUGUAGUAUUGUACUAUG